UCUAACGGCACCGUUUCUACGCCAACGUUUCCUAACGUUUCCUAUCUUCGAACUUGAAAGCAAAGAACAGCAAAGGAGGUGGUGGCAAGGCACCAGAAGAGGAAAAGCUGAACAUCCCAGCCUUUGUGAACAUCACUAAUACGAGUGGCUUUGCCAUACCUGCCAGUGUCCUGAACAGGGCCUGGAUUGCCCUCUCACAACAGAUUGUCAACAGAAACAAAACAGCUGCCGGGAACCUUGACAAUAACUUCUUGGCAUUCCUUUGGAAUCACGUUGUAGGAAUCGCACCAGUAUCACCAGUCACAGUAGAUACUAUGACUUCCUACGCAAACACAGUGUAUGAUGCCAACAUUGGCCACAACUUUACUACUUGCAUCAUACCAGAAGUUUUCUGGCAGCAAACUGGCUACCAAGCUAUCAGACUGGAGAAAAAGUUGGGGGAGCCAGAGGGAUUUAUCGAUCUCAGGAUUUGGGUUGAGGGUUAUGAGAAUUCAAGUCUUUCUGCAAGCCACCGCCUCCUGUCUUCAAACUCCACCAUUCCCUAUAUCUACAUUGGCACUACAUUUGGCCAAACUGUAUGGAGCACGGACUUUCUUUACAAUAGAAUGAAGGCCCAUAACGAGACCAUUACCGGAAUCUCCACUAAAGACCCAGAGCCGCUUCAGAUCGAGCAUGACUCAAUCGACACACUUUGCUGCAAGACCAAUACUGAUGACGAGGCACCAAUCAUCUCUCCAACUCACGAUGACCUCCAUCAGUUUAUGAAAGACAACCGUCGAUUCUUGAUCCAGACAUGUCUGAACAAUGAUACCCAGGACUGUAUUGUGAACAUGGAAGGAACAAAUCCAGGCUUUCCGAAUUUCAACAACAUUUCGAAACUAUAUUAUGGUUUGGAGGUCAUUCCGAUGUCGAGUCGGGGCUUUUCAAGGCUUGAACCAGUCAUGGCCAUCCAAAAGCGACCAAAAGGGAAAACAGGCAAGAAUAAGCGCCGUAGGACGAAGCGCAAGAUUGGUGGAGUGGAACAGGCCGGUGAAGCCAGCAGUGCUGCCACCAUUCAAGCUGAGAUUACGGAGAUUAAUUCAGUUGAGACCACAAAGGUCGAGGAAACUUUGGAGGCAUUUACUGAAGACAAUGACCUCGAGCCUACCAUAGAUGAGACUCCCGACGUCACUCAUCUUCUGGAAGAGGCACCUACAAACAAAACUGAAGCCAGAACCCCUGAACCGAUCAAGGACGGAAAAGGUAUUAUUGCAAACCAACGCCAGACAAACCUUCGUGUAUCCACGUCAAGCCAUGGCCAGGAAUCUUCUCAAUCCACUGCCCAAUCCGAGGACCAAGCUGGACAGCUGACUCAGGGCCAAACAAUCCCAGAAGUCUCAGAUUCAGUCUCAGCCCUUGUCAGAAAUGAAGCAAUUUCAUCGACGACUAUUGUUACAACAGGCACAAGCAUCGCCAAGAAAUCAGAAUCUCAAGCUGUUGCCCCAGCUAGACAUACAGCAUCUUCUCAAACUGAUGCCCCAACUGGAGGCACAGCAUCUUCCCAAGCCCCAGUCAAAGAUGCAGUGACCCUUCAAGCUGCCGCUCCAGUGGAGGUCCAAGUAAUUCCUCAGGUCGUUGCUGCCGCCAGUUCCAGUCCAAAUCACACUGGAGCUCAUAUUGCAUCAACCCAUGGGUCCCAGUCCACCAACGAGGAUAGAGCUCGGGUUAUUGAAGAGUUGAGAGCGCAACCACCACAACCGAGCCUUGAAGAAGUGAGAGCCCGUCGAGCCAGCAUAAAGGAGGAGAGGCGUGAGGAGAGGCGUCAGAGCAUUGACUUUAUUCGGAUGCGAACCUUAUCCCGCGCAUCAGCACUUGGAAUCUCAAUGACUUCGGCCAACCCAUCAGACUCUGGACCACUUCCAGAGACUACCAACCUGUCUUUGAAUCCACCUCGAGCAUUGGAGAAAGUCUCAGAGACUACAUCGGAUAGUGCGACCAAUGACGGGAAUGUUGCUGGCGUUCAUCUGAAACUACACCACCCGACAGGCCAGACUUCCGGACCUGCUUCCAACGAGGAUGAUGAAGCCACACCCCUCGCCGACGCGUCUCCGAACUUACCUCGCUCGGUGGAGCCUUCUUUGAACAAUGCAAACCCGAUCUCUGCCGGCCCUUCUCAUUUGGCGCAACUUUCGUCUCCUGUUGCUCAGGAGAAUGUCAAGCCGAGGCGCGGCAAAUGGGUCGCGCCUCUUCCUGAGCAACAGGAGUGGGUCCCUGUAUCUCGGCCAUCGGAGCCAUCAGCGGCGGCUUCGAAGAAGAAGAGCCGUCGCGACGCAAAGCCCGUUAAACCCAGUGUCGAGUCUCGCGUGUCAGUUGGGACCCAGACUGACACUGGGUUCAUAUCGUGUUCCAUUGGAACACAGACGGAAACUGGCGUCGCGACGUCAAUCGCGGAGGACUUGGAGCCUGGAACUGGCCCAGCUCCAAGUCGUGAAGAUGAGUCGGCGGGACAUGGCAAUACCAAGCCCCCACCAUCUGUCACCUCCCGCGCGUCACUCCAGCGCGAGCUGGAGUUGACAUCAAUUGUGGAGGAUCCUGCUCUCCAGCAGGAUCGUGGAGGUGAGUAUGCACGAGGCAUACUGACCAUGGCUGCUCCCUCCACGGCCCACUCUCACUUGGUCGCCGAGCUCACGGGAGCCGGCGUACCACCCUCGGCCCUGACAUCCUUGUCACGGUCCGGCCUCGAGGGCCACGAAGCAACUGGUUGCCGCCAACAGCCAGUUGUCAUUCACCUCGAGGUCGAGACGGUGACGAUAGGUGGGGUCACCUUCGAGGCUCGUCGGCGUGGAAGUCGGCACGCAGUUGCCGCUUCCAUGCCGAAGCUCGAGCUCGAUUGGUGAUGUGGGAACUGCGGUGAAAGAGCCUGGCGGCGGCCCUGACACCAAAGUCCUCGCCCGAGGACCCGUUACGGCGAGCUGGAGAGGAGGAUGAGGGG